AUUCCCUAACAUUGACAAGGCGAAUGGCCAAUCACCAACAGCCACAUCAUAGCCCAGCCCACCAACCGGCUCGUGCAACAACACUGUCCUACCCACAACACCAUUGUCCCUCCCCUGUGAUGUCAUUGGCCAGCCCCCUGCCCGGAGAUCACAUGGAUGAAAGGUGGAAACCUGUGUUGAUAACCUGGAUUCCCAGACCUGUUCUUUUUUGUACCUUUGUGCAGCAGAAGAAUAGUGAGAGCAGCACAAGGCCCUCAUUUUCAACAACGAUGGGUCUCAGGUGCCAUUUUUCAUUCCUCAGGCUGAUCAUCGGACUCUUGGUUUAUUGCUGUGAUUCUACACCAGCUUUGAACAUAACCAAGUUCACCCUCUUCAGACACGAGAUGACACUGCAGACAAACGUGUCUGCCCUUAUUCCUUGUAUGUUUCAAUCCGACCAGCCAAUCGAUCCCGUUCUACUGGAGCUGCAAUGGGGCAAAAUUCCUGUAGACGGAGGAAGAUACACCCCUCUAAUCUUCAUGUAUGGCGACGGGAUCAAAAUUCUGCUUGAGACAAAGCACAAAUAUGAUCUUUUUGAUUCCCUUCUACCCACUGGGAACUGCACUUUGAUCAUCACUCCCAACAGCAUGGCGGACAGUGGAAUAUAUGAAGUCUAUUUGAAAGUAAAUGGGGAGAUAUAUGAACCAACUUUUAAUAUCAGUAUUACAGUUUUGGACCUCAUUGAACCUUCAGGUGUGUCACAGGCAUUAGACCCCUGGAAAGGUGGGAAAGAUGCAGAAAAAGAAGAAACAAAAGCAAUGACCACAUCAACCCCUAUAAUGACAACGAUAAUGAUGACUGCAGAGCCAAUGCCAAUUACCAUCGAAGAUUAUUUAGAUUCAGUUAUUUUCAGGAACCUUAGAGGCAACAGCAGUGAUUUAUUUGACUCACUUAUCGUCUCAAAACUAAAAGGACAUGAAAGGACGUCAGUUAUUGUGGCAAUGGCUGUCCUAUCAUUUCUUCUCUUAACCUCACUGAUAUCACUGGUUGGAUGCUCAUUGAGAUUUCAAGAGAUGAAUCUCAAUCUUCUGAGGGGGAGGAUGAUGAUGAUGAUGAAGAAGAAGGGGAAGUGAUGUUCUGUCAAUCAGAUGAUGAGAACUGAUAAAGGCAGAGAGUAACUUCCCCCAUGAACCAAUGACUUGAGAAAGUAAAGCAGGAAAGGAAAGAGAACUUGAGAGCAGUUAUAGGGGCAGCAGGCUCUUUCUACUGUAAAAUAUUUUAAUAAAACCAUUUUUUUCAUUGA